AUGGCCCAACCGGUAGACGAUUACCACGGUAUCAAUGGGAACGUAUCGCUGGACCGUCGUAGCGAAAUUGUGCAAUCGCCAAACCGGUACGAACUGGCCGGCCUGGUUGGACCGGGCGGCGGCGGCGGCGGCGGUGGCAGUUCGUCGGAUCGUUCCAACAACAAUUCACUGUCACGUUCCAGCGAAGCCGGAACGUACGACCUGACCAGUGCCGAAGCCAAGGCACGCGGUUUGAACGGAAAUGGGCUGCACACCGUGGAUGAGAAUGUAGUUAAUAAUAAUCAUAACAACAAUAAUAACAACAGCUUUACUCAUCAUCAAUACCAGAACCAACCGUCGACGCCGCAGUACGGUUCGAUGACGCUGAUUCCGCCGGGUGGAGCGAACGGCAUGAACGGCGGUGGCAGCGGAACGCUGCGUUCCAUCGAUGAGGAAAUCAAGAAGAAGAAAUGGCCUACCGAUAGGGCGUACUUCCUGGCCAAAGAGCUGCUAAUGACGGAGCGGACCUACAAGAAGGAUCUGGAUGUUCUCAAUACGUGGUUCCGGGAUGAGCUGACACCGGAGGAUGUUGAAAACUUGCAGCCUCUGUUUCAGUAUUUCGACUCGAUGCUCGAACAUCACAGCGUUUUUCUGCGCGACCUAGAGCAUCGGAUACUGCUGUGGGAGGGCCGCGGAGGUCACGAAACUCACCGGAUCGGUGAUGUUAUGCUGAAAAAUAUGGUUGUUCUUCCGAUUUACGACGAAUACGUCGAAAGUCACCGGGAGGUACUGCAGCGGUUGAACGAUCUGUUCGAGAACGACGAACGCUUCCAGCAAACCUAUCGGGACUUCGAGCUGCAAAAGGUGUGCUAUCUGCCGAUUUGCUACUUCGUGUUGAAACCACUGCACCGCCUGUUGCACUAUCAGCUACUGUUGGAGCUGCUACUGGAGCACUACGGCGACGACCACUUCGACCGGACCGAUUGCCACGGAACGCUGAUGAUGCUGACGCGUACCACCGAGGUGGUUAGGCGCGAGCUGGCUGCGUCCGAAAAUUACACCUUGCUGUGCGAGAUUCAGCGUGAUUUGAUCGGGUUCGAUACGCUGGUGCAAACCGACCGGAAGCUCAUACGCCAGGGCUGUCUGCUGAAACAUUCCAAACGGGGUCUGCAGCAGCGGAUGUUCUUCCUCUUUUCGGAUAUUCUGCUGUAUGCAUUUAAAUCGCCCAUCACGCAAACUUUCAAGGUUCUGGGCCACGUGCCAGUGCGGGCACUGCUCACGGAGAAUGCGGAACACAAUGCGUUUGUGAUAUUCGGCGGCCAGCGGGCCAUCACCGUCAGCGCCGGUACGACCGCCGAGAAGACGCUCUGGCUAGAGGAACUGACCAAAGCAGCGGCUAACGUGAAACACAAACCGCAAACUCAGCUUCCGAUGGUGUCCAUCAAGUAUUGCACAUCAUCGGAGGAAAAUUUGGAAUCUUGUGGAUUGAAUAGUUCGCUCAUUAACACGCCUGCCAAGCCCCCUUCGUCGAGAAACAAUACAGCGCUGCAUGUAUGCUGGCACCGUGGUGUCACCAUUUGUCUGGAUGAUCACCUCCGUGCGGGCCGGAAUCAAAUCUCCGGCUAUCUGUUGCGGAAGUUCAAGAACAGCUCCGGUUGGCAGAAGCUGUGGGUCGUGCUGACCUCCUUCUGCUUGUACUUCUACAAAAGCUACUCGGAUGAUGCCGCCCUGGCUAGUCUGCCCCUGCUGGGCUACUCGGUCGGACCGCCCGGCAUUCAAGAUGCCGUACAGAAGGAGUUUGUUUUCAAGUUGUCCUUCAAAAAUCACACCUAUUUCUUCCGGGCGGAAAGCGAGCACACCUAUCAGCGAUGGCUGGAGGUGCUUCGCAGUGCCACCCAAACACAGGACCUCAAGCUGUCCGCCGCUGGAAACAGUAACAAUCAUCAUCAUCAUCACAGCAACAAUAACAAUAACAAUAACGGAAAUAGCAACGCCCCAGCCGCGGCGGCGGCGGCGUCUUCCCAGUAA